AGAGAAACCCUUAGCUCCAGAUCAAAUGCAAAGAAGCUUCAUGGUCCCUGCAGCUGUGGAAAAAAAUGCCUCUUCCUUCUUUAUUUAUUCACAAUCUCUUCCCCUCCAGCCUCCAAACCAAUCAUUUCCGCCAUUAAUCGUCACUUUUCUAAGCUCUCUCUCUCACUAUAGAGAUGGACCGACGGCUCCAACUUCAAGAGACCAUCCUCAGAGGGGACGUAGCUACCUUCCUUAGCCUAAUUCAAGAAGAUGAGAAUUUCGUUAAUGAGAAAUUUACAACUGGGUCGUCUUCAAACACCAUUCUACACUUAGCAGCACGGUUUGGUCCCCUGGAAUUGGCGAAGGAGAUUCUGAAAAUGAAGCUGGAGAUGGCGUCGGAGGUGAACGAGAAAUGGGAGACGCCAUUGUAUGAGGCAUGCAGAGAAGGGAGGACGGACAUGGUGAAGGUUUUGGUAGAGAGCGAUCCUUGUGUGGUUUACAAGGUGAACAAAGAGAACCAAAGUGGUCUGUUUGCGGCAUGCGAAAGAGGGAAGCUUGAAGUUGUGGAUUAUCUCUUGAAUUUUCAACAUCUACUCGUGUUGGAGGUCGAUGCUCCUACUACCUCUCUUCACGUUGCUGCUUUUGGGGGAUAUACAGAAAUUGUGAAGGCAAUCCUAAAAAUACGUCCAGAUUUUGCAUGGAAGAAGGACGUUAAUGGAUGCACUCCUUUACACCUAGCUUGCAGCAAAGGCCAUCUUGAGACCACCAGAGAGCUACUAAGAUUCGACACUGAUCUCCCUUGUUUGCAAGAUAAUGAUGGUCGAACCCCACUCCAUUGGGCUGCCAUCAAAGGCCGAGUCAGCAUCAUCGACGAGAUACUCUCUGUGAGUCUUGAAUCUGCAGAGAUGAUCACCAAAAAUAGAGAAACUGUUCUCCAUCUCAGUGUGAAAAACAAUCAGUUUGAUGCAGUGAAGUACCUCAUGGAGACUCUCAACAUUACCAAGCUUAUUAAUAAGCCUGACAGCGAUGGCAAUACAGCUUUGCACCUCGCAACCGCCGGAAAACUUAGCACUAUGGUCAUCUUUCUGUUGAAGCGUAACGCUGAUGUGAACGCUAUAAAUCGCAAGGGACAGACUCCUUUGGACGUAGUGGAGUCUGAUGUGAGCAAUUCUGGUGCUCUCCAGAUUUUGCCUGCAAUACAAGAUGCAGGAGGUAAGAGAGGAGACCAAGUCCCACCAACUUCGACUGAAAUUCAACAAAUCACACCAUUUGAAAGUAAUAAUCCCAUUAUCCCAUCUUCAUCUUCAAAAAAAGUGUUGGAUUCUCCAAAUCACCAUCACCGCCGUAAGCAGCGACGCCGCAGGGAAAAACAGCUAGAGAUCCAAAGUGAAGGUCUACGUAAUGCACGUAAUACAAUCAUUUUAGUGGCAGUUUUAAUUGCCACUGUUACAUUUGCUGCUGGAAUAAACCCUCCUGGAGGAUUUGAUCAAAAGACAGGGGAAUGUCUAAAGGGAAAGCGUACUUCUUUUAAAGUGUUCAUGGUUUGCAACAAUGCAGCUUUAUUUUUAUCACUAGGUAUAGUUAUUUUCCUAGUCAGCAUUAUACCCUUUAGGCGAAAAGCCAUGACAAAACUAUUAGCAGUGACACAUAGGAUCAUGUGGGUGUCCAUGUCGUUUAUGGCGGCAGCUUACAUGGCUGCCAUGUGGACAACUUUACCUCAUGGACGUGGGUGGGGAGCAGUAUGGUUGUUGAUGUCAAUAGUGGCUAUAGGAGGAGGGUGCACAAUUGGAAUUUUUAUGGGUUUGGGGAUAUUGUUAACUAAGCAUUUGUUGAGGAAAAGAGAAUGGAGAAGAAACAAUAAGCAAAAGAGGAAGAACGAGAGUCCGAGUAGUAGCAUUAGCCGCCUAGAAGAAAUGAAGAUCAUUAAAAGAGGGAACAGUGACUCUACUAGUAAUUCAGAUGUGGAUAGUUCUGAAACAGGUUUCCACUUGUAUUAGAUUUAGACAUAAUUAAUGAAAUAAGGUUAAUUAGACAAAUUUUCAUAACGUAGCAUAUUUGAGGACAAGGAUAGAUUAAUUAAUUAGAAAGAUGCAGCUUCUGUCCAUAUAGUUGUAUAGAUGGUGAUACACCAUUUUUGUUAAUUGUUUCCAUUUUUGUAUUUACUAAAAUAUGUACAUUGGUUAAUUUUUUAUUAAAAAAUAUUGAAUUUCAGCCUUUAUUUAAGUUAAAAAUAUACGAUUGUUAUCUAUAUAUGUUGAAUAUAUCAUUUUUUUAUGAAUACAAUAUGUGUUAAACAGAUGUUAGUAGAGAAAAGUCGAGAGAAAGGAAAGAGAAAGGUCGAGAUGGGAUCGGAAGGGAUUGAUGCAACGGCGUGAUUUUUCAUAUUUUAGACUUUACAACUUGCAUUUGUUUGAUGUUUCGUUUGUUUUGGUUUGCUUUCCCUUGUUCUAGGAUAGAGAAAGGAUGAUUCUCUUUUUGUUUUUUCUGUUUUAAGACUGUCAUCUCACUCAUGAUUCCCUUGCCAUGGAUAAGUGUUGUGACAGCCUCUAUCAGUUGUGUUGCUCUUUGUUUUUUGAUUUUGCAGGUUCCCAGUAGUCAUUCGUGAGUGUCUUUGGAGUAUGCUUUCUUAGAUGGGUCAUUCUGUGUCUAGCUUCUAGGGAGGGAUUUCAUUAUUAUGGCGUGGUAUCUCAGAACAACACUGAUUCAUUUAGUAGCUACCACUCCCACAAGAAGAAGCAAAUUCGUCGAAGUUACUUGUAUUGCCUAUAAAGACAAAGUUGCCCCUGGAACAUUCGACCCUCCUCCAAAACGAGCACGACGGAUAGAAGAAAUCCAUGUGCUUCCUCCUCUUCCUCUGCUUCUUGAAGCUUCUGGACCUUCGAACCCUCCGACCGAUUUUUCUGCUAGGGGCGCAUCUCCUCCUCCUAGCCAGCCCCCUUCUCAAAAUUAUGAAGAGGCAGACACCGGAGCUCCUUGGCCACGGGGCAUUCAACACCUGGCUCUAUCCCUGACUCGGUGAACUCGCUCCUUAAGGAACCCCGAUUGUUAGUUCUGAUAGCAAAGAACGCCCUGCAGUCUGAUGAUUGUCACCACCCGAACAAAGUUAAGACGAAUGACCUCUACAAUAACGUCAUCUAUUUUGCUAUGGAGAGUGCUCUAUGUGCAUACCUAGCCAAGAAGCAUAAUAAGGCCCUAAAGCGAGAAUUUGGAGCGCACCAGAUGGAUAUAAACCACUUGUAGGAGGAGUGCACAAGGUUGAAGGCUCGGGUUACCGAGGUGGAGAACACUAUGAAAAAGACCCUUGAGUCUGUAGAUAAACUGCAAACAGACCUGGACUCGGCCAAUUCUGCUAAUGCUACUCUCGAGAAUCGGGCUAAGACAGCAGAGAAUCAAGUGGCUAUACUUCAACGGCAAGUCCAGCAAACUUAGGCUCAGGAGAAUUGGGUCACCUCCGACAGGGUUGCUGAGCUAGAAGUCGAAGCUGAACUACAAGAGACAGUAACUUGGGGAGGGAAGAUGUUCAUCGAAUGUCAGUACUCGGUCAAGAAUAAGCGCUUUCCUAUUGAGGACUUCUCCUGAAUUGAUGAUAUUUUCACCGAGGAGGAGGAAGAGGACGAAGAGAAACAGGAGGAGAGGCAGAAUGAAGAUGAUCCCCCAACUGGAUCUCUAUUGAAUAUGCAAUAGAUGUAGAGAAUAUAAAUUUAAUAGAC